UUUGAUCAUGUCUUCUCCGCUCCUCCUCUUGUUCAAAUGUCCACGUCUUAUCUCCUGAUAAGACAGACUGAACCUCUAGCUAUUCUGCACAUGCUCAGUUUGUUGCGUAUUGCUAAAGAGUGCAUGCAAUCAGCACAGGGUAAAUCAGCAUUGUACAGAUAGAGGUCAGGGGUUUUGCAUCCUCCUAGAGCAGAAAGAAAACUCCUCCUACAAGCUUUAACCAGUGCCCUGCUGACCACUGAUAGAAGUCACAAGAUUGCUCUAACUGCGAUGAGAAAAGGUAUUUAGCAGUUUAUAUUUAUUAA